GCAAACAAUACUUGAAGUGUUUUCGUGUUAUUGUGAACACAGACAAUAAUACAUGCAUUCUUAGUAAAAUGUUGAUGAAAAAAAAUACAUGUAUUUAAUGAACAAAAAAAAGUAUUUUUGAACAACGUAUUGCACUUCUGUAAAUGCGAAUGUGUGUGUUGGUGUCACAAGUUAACUAUCCGCAAAUUGACAGCGGACAUGUGGACGCUAGCUCUAGCUAGCUCCGUAUGUAAAUAGGAACUAUGUAUAUGUGGAAAUAACGUGUUCAAUAACGCAAAGUGGUCUUUUCUUAUGUUAAGUAUUUUACGUGAUCAAAACUUUAAUUGAACUACUUCCGAACUUGAAUAGCUAACGUAGCUAGCAAACUUGGCUAACUUAGCUAGCUAAUAGGGUUUGGUGCGUCCUUUUUUGCAAACAUUCAUCCCUGUUUAACAGCAGACAUUAACUACCCCAGGCAAUUUGCCAUAACCAACGUUACAUAUUCUCAUCAGAUUGAAUAUCAAAUUGAACCAUGUUGGCUUGUAAAAGAUUACUGUGCAUUUUAAAGCACAGACAAAUAUGGACGUCGGUCAUGUGGAGAAAUGUCACUAACUGGUCACCAGUGGGAUCUGCCUUCAAUACUAGACCUCACAAAAAAUUUGAGUUGUUUGAGAAAAAUGUGGGUUUGUUUGGAAUGCCAGAGCUGACGUCGCCAGCUGGCUUUGAGAUCGCCACAAAGAGGGUCCUGGAGGAGACAGAUCGACUGGUCAACCAGACCUGCAACAGUCUUCCUGGACCUGAGACUGUGGAAUAUUUUGAUCAACUUUCAGAUGGCUUGUGUAAAGUGGCAGACCUGGCUGACUUUGUAAAAGUGUCCCAUCCAGAUCAAUCCUACCGUGAGGCAGCAGAGAAGACCUGUAUGGAGAUUGGCACUGUAGUAGAAAAGCUGAACACUAAUGUUGAACUUUGCAAUAGUCUAAAGAAUUUGUUGAAGGACCCGGAGGUCUCGUCUAAACUGGACCCAGAUACAAGGACAGUUGCAGAAUUGUUCAUGUUUGACUUUGAGAUCAGUGGAAUUCACCUGGAUGAGAAACUGAGAAAAGAGGCAGUAGCUCUUCAUGUCAAGCUCCUGGAUCUGAACCAUGAAUUUCUGACUGGUUCUCACUUGCCAAACAGAAUAGCAAAGUCAGCCAUACCUGAGAACUUUCACCGUCACUUUGCUAAAGAGGGGACUUUUAUUCAGAUUGGGGGCCUUCAUGCUGAUUCCCCUGACGACAUGGUGCGAGAGAUCGCCUAUAGAAUUUUCCUCUACCCUAAUGCAGUUCUGAUGGAGUGUUUAGAGGAGCUGCUGAAAUGCAGAAACAAACUGGCCAAGCUAUUGGGCUACGAAACGUACGCACACAGGGCCUUGAAAGGUACCAUGGCAAAGACCCCAGAGAACGUGAUGACGUUUCUACAGUUGCUAACAGAAAAACUUUCUGAGAGAACAGCCAAAGACUUGGACAUGAUGAAAGGCAUGAAGACUAAACUCAACCCUCGUAACGCAGAGCUUAUGCCAUGGGACCACCCAUACUUCAGCAGUGUUUUGCGUGCCGAAAGGUUCAACAUUGAGCCCAGCCUGUACAGCCCCUACUUCUCCUUGGGGGGCUGCAUGGAGGGUCUGAACAACCUCUUCACUCAGCUGUACGGGGUCUCCCUCAUGGCGGAACCCCCCAAAGCAGGGGAGGUGUGGUGCGAGGACGUCCGCAAACUGGCUGUGGUCCACGAGACAGAGGGGCUGAUGGGAUAUAUCUACUGUGACUUCCUUCACCGAGCAGAUAAACCUCAUCAGGACUGUCACUUCACCAUCCGCGGUGGGCGGCGCUGCCAGGACAGUGGUCAGUAUCAGCUGCCUGUGGUGGUGCUGAUGCUGAGCCUGCCCCCUCCCACUCGCAGCACCCCCACCCUGCUCACCCCGGGCAUGAUGGAGAACCUGUUCCACGAGAUGGGCCACGCCAUGCACUCCAUGCUGGGCAGAACACGCUACCAGCACGUCACGGGAACCCGAUGUGCCACUGACUUUGCGGAGGUGCCCUCCAUUCUCAUGGAGUACUUUGCCACCGACUACCGCGUCGUGAGCCAGUUCGCCCGCCAUUAUAAAACUGGACAGCCUCUGCCUCAGACCAUGGUGACCCGUCUGCGAGAAUCCAAAAAAGUAUGUGGGGCUGCCGAUACCCAACUACAGGUUUUCUAUUCUGCCUUGGACCAGAUUUACCACGGCAAUCCUCAAAACAGGUCAACAAUCGAUCUCCUAAAGGACAUGCAGCAGAAAUUCUAUGGCCUGCCUUAUAUCCCAAACACGGCGUGGCAGCUGAGAUUCAGCCAUCUGAUUGGCUACGGGGCCAAGUACUACUCUUACCUCAUGUCGCGGGCGGUGGCCUCCAUGCUGUGGAAGCAUUGUUUUGUCCAAGAUCCUCUUAACAGGGACAUGGGAGAGCGCUACCGCAGAGAGAUGCUGGCUCACGGGGGUGCCAAGGAGCCCAUGCUGAUGGUAGAGGGGAUGCUGCAGAAGAGGCCGACAGUGGAGGACUUUGUGGACGCGCUGGUGUCUGAGCUCAACCCUGACUUUGAGACCUUCAUCAUGGACUCCGAGGGCUGACAGAAUUCCGUCCAUGAUUCCUGCUGUAAUUAUCAGGGACCGAGGCUGCAGCUGCUCCUUAAACAAUGUCCUUACUUGCCUAGUGAGGAUGUAAAAGCGCUGGGGUAGGACCUCACCAACCUGUGAACAUGCUAUCAAAGGAAGUGAGCAGUCACCGUGUAACCACAUGUAUAUCCCUUCCAGUGAGACAUUAAUAGAAAUAAAAAAACAAUGCUAAAAUGACUUAUAGAAGCAGGGCUGUAAUUGUUUCUGUCUUAUUUUGAUCCUUCUCCAGUUGAACAUUCUUGUCUGGGCAAGCGAUGUCUUGAAUUGGGAGUGUCAGAGAAGACCCUUCGACUAAUUCCAGUAAAUAGUGUCAACUGCCAUUGAUGCAGUUUUGCAACUGGACCUCUUAAACAAUGGUGGGAAGGCAAAAAAAUAUAUAUAACGUUCUUUUUUGAAGUUAUUUAUUUACAAAUGUAAAAUAUCAAAUGCAUUGUGGAAGUGAAUAGAAUGCAACCACCUAUGCUUCAGUUGCAAAAAAGCAGGCAUACUUACUUGUCAGUCUACAAAAAUAUUGACCUAUUUCCUAUUUUACAAUAUCUACAAACAAUUCAUAUAUCAUACGUUCAAACAUUGUCUUGUUCAGUUUUUGUAUCUAGAUUUUCUACAAGGUGCAUCAUAUCACAGGUAUUUGUUUUUUUUUUUACAUGUUUUUCUUAGGACCUUUAUAAGGGCAUAUCAAUUGUAAACUUGAAACAACUGCUUCAUGAAACGUCAACUGCCAUGUUCUGUACGUAAAACAGUUUACAGUCACGUGAGCGAGUGCACGACAUUCUCAAGUCCAAUAUGAGGAACUACUUCUAGUCACAUUUGUCCCUCAAAAGUUAGUCAACGCGUCUCAUUCAUUGUUUGAACUUCAAAAGUCAACCUCUCGACCAGCAGGCUCACAUUGUGCAUAGUUUGUCUUUCCUUUAUUCUUUCAGUCUCCUCCCUGAUGCUUUUGUUUGCCUUUAUGUACAUAGUCUCUUCAGAUGUGUGAUAGGCUGUGGAUCACAA